AUGUCCGAGGACGAUACAAAGUCACAAGUUUCUCCCAGUCGUCACGUUGAAAGCGAUGAUAUACGCAGUAGCAUAAGCAGCAGUAUAUCAGACGAGUCAAACGUUCUUUCAUCGCCGUCCCAGCGUCAGCAGCAGCGGCCAAGAUUCGAUUCAAAGGCUUCGUGGGCGGACUCGACGCGUUUUGACAUGGGGCGUGCUGAUUCACGAGCUUCUGAUCUAUCUGCAAAGGAUUUGAGACUCACGGGACUUGGAAGAAGAUCAUCCAUGAGUCAAAAUCGACAACGUUUGGAUUCUAGAGCAUCACGACUGUCACGGACUAGUAGUCGGUCCAGUAUGACUGGGGGUUCAGUCAGAGGACGACAAUCAUCGUUUGUAUCGAAUUUUGGUGUCACGAAAGGAAAGAAACGAAGAGAUAGCAAUGCAUUAUCAACAAUCACAGAGAAUUGGAAUCUAAUUGAUGAACAAUAUGGCAGCCCCUUCUCGGAGUUUAAUGCACAAGAGCAACCUAUUCGAGAAGAGUUGCAACGUGGACUAGCUAUUAUUAACGAUCAUACGACGAAACUUAAGGAGAUUGAGGACGCGAUUACAGCGGCAAUGUCGGAAGUGUGGGGAUACUGGGCAGAUCCUAUUCAACUCUAUCUUCACCCAGCCGAGCGGGUCGAUGUUCAAGAUCUAAUCAAGACGGAUAAUGAACUAUUCAACAAAGUUCUCACGGUGUUUUCUGUGCUGUGUGAUGAAAUCUCCGAGCUUAAAGUGACGGUGGAAGACAACUUUUACCCGGCACUUAUCAUGUUCGGUCAGGCACGUCAUGGAGAGGAAGGUGACGUGAAAGCUGGGGAGGAUGAAGUCCAUAUUGGACGCAUGCUUCCGUUUUUCCAGGACAUAUCCAACUUUGUGGACCGAUGCAACGCUAUCACGAUCAACAUGAUCCACCAGCUCGCGAGUCUGUAUCAAAGUUUCCAAAAGUUAUGGAAGUCCACGUUUAAGCUUGUACAUCUCCAUCCUGUGUUUGACGCGCUGGCAAGUUUACUUGAAGUCAUGAUCACUAUCGAUGCUAUCGUUAUAGACAAUCCUAACAUCAUCAUGUCGUGGGACAAAUACAAGCGCAUGAUGCAGUAUGUGCGUUCAGACCCGCCCCGUUACAACGUUACAGUUGACAAAGUAAAGCAAUUUGAGCGACUUCUUGUUAGUCUGGAUCAGACGAUAAUGAGCGCGCAGGUAUUCCACAGCUGCAUUGAGCAGGAUUUCGAGGUCUUCUCUGGCGGUGACAUCGCUGACGACGAUGAAAAUCUUGAUGGGAGUGGCAGCGAACGAGGUGGUAGACGUGCAAGCAGUAGUGGAGGAGAGUCUAGGAUUGACAUUCGCACAAACCAGGUUUUCUUGAAAGAGUUUUUUCACUGUAUCAGUGCUCGUUUGAGCAUUGCCGAGAGUGCAAUUGCUUCAGCUACCGAAACGUUUGAAAGAAACGAUCUUGUUGGUACAGCUGGAUUGUACGUGCUACUUCGCCGACUGGAGCCGUCUAAUGUCCCGACAGACCCUGUGUUAUACAAAAGGCUGUGGGAAGUACAGCUGAAGGCUCCUUGCGUAACCAUUUGCGGUAAAAUCAUGUGGUACAUGCCAGACUUCUUGUUGAAAUAUUCGCCUAUGACGUCGAAGAAGCUGUACCCCACUGACAUCGUGCAAUUCCGUCGUGAGUACUUAUAUUCGAUGGAUGAUGCUUUCCCGGUUGAUGUAACAACCGCCAAGUUGGAGUUAAGUGCGUGGCUUGUUCGCAUGGAGUCAUUUUUUCAGCCGACAACGCGUGGAAUGGGCGAUGCGUCACGAACAUUGAGCAUUCGUGGCAACUUGAUUCUCAAGGGUUUAAUUUUCGCAAAAAGAGUACAGACGAUGAUGCACACACUAGUUAACUUGCACCUUUCGCUUCAAAUUCCGAUGCCCAAGCGUGUGGUAAGACCGUUGUACAUGUGUAUUGAGAUCCUGAAGGCAGUUGAGUUCAUGUUUGCACGGAAGAAUCCUAUUUUGGCCGAGUCAUCGUCACACUUGCUGCGCCAAGUGGCUCACUCGUUAUUUUCGUCUUUCCGUCCACUGAAGGCGCAUUUGGAAGCGAGUAAAAAGUUUGAUGACACGAAGUUGGACGUCCUGGCCGCCGUUACCGUGCUAGAAGACAUUCUUAACUCUGGAGAGUCGUUUUCGUACACGCGAAUAACUGUCCUAGAUCUUGCAGCCCAAAUUGCAAUGAUAUCACCAGAAAGUGAUACUACUGCUAGUGAGAAGGGCAGCGAGACGAACACUACGGUCCCUAUGGGUGUUAAAGAUAUCGGUGAGCCUGUAAAGCUCAUCUGGAAGCUACGUUUGCUGAGUGAUUUUCAGCGCAAGAUACGAAAUGCAUGUGAUUGCUCCUUUUUCUACUGGAGUCGUGAGCUGCUACACCCUUUUCUGUCGGAUCUUUACCGUCAAUCUGAACAAGUCAAUCGCAUCCAGUAUAUUGUCGGUGGUUUUCUUGACGCGAUAAAACUGUUGCGUGGUGCGCAGCACGAGACGAACAAUGAAGUAUAUGUAAAUGCGUAUGCAGAGUUUAUCGAGUUAGUCAUGGAAGAGGAGAUCGUGGAAAAUUUGUGCAAGGACGUGGAAAACGAUCUUCGUUUGCACGUGCAUUCAGUUCACUUGGACCACUUGGAUGCACCCAAUCCGAAGAACGCUGACUUUAAGGUACUCCACUACUACCUUGACUUGCGACCUAUUCGCCUGCAUGGAAAGACGCUUGACCUACGUCAGCAAGUUACGCAUUAUCUCGAAAGCACGUUCUACAAUUUGACUACCGUUGCACUUCAUGACUGGAAAACGUACGGUGAGAUGCGUAAUUUAGCCAACGACAAGUAUGGUUUGAGUCUUGCCGAUAAUCAUCUUCCCAUGGGUUCUCUUGACCAGGGACUAGAUAUCUUGCAGAUCAUGCGCAAUAUCCAAAUAUUUGUUGCGCGAUACAAUUACAACCUGAACCAGCAAUUUUUCCUGGAGCGACGCAGUGAUAAAGGCUCUCGACACCUGAACUCAAUCAAUAUCCAUUCAAUCGCGAGCUCGAUCCGCACACACGGCAUGGGCAUCAUGAAUACGACUGUGAACUUCACAUACCAGUUUCUGACGAAAAAGUUUGACAUCUUCUCGCAGUUCUUGUUCGAUGAAUACAUCAAAAGCUACUUGCAGCGUGAGAAGCGUUGGUAUAAAAAGCACCGUGACGACAAGGAGGUGGAUAACAAAUACCCCUUCGACCGAGCGUUCCAGUUCAACAAGGAUAUCCGAAAACUUGGCGUCUCAGAUUCUGGUAAGACGUUCUUGGACCAGUUCCGCAUGCUGAUCACGGAAAUUGGCAAUGCACUAGGCUACGUGCGCAUGGUGCGCUCGGCCGGCAUGAAUUAUUGCAGCAAUGCCAUUAAGUUUGUGCCGGACCUGAACCACACUCACUUCAAGUUUGAAGCUUAUGCUGGUGACGGCGUCGCGGAGGAGAAAGAUGAAGAGACAGGUGAGGUAGUCAAACCUGAAAUCAUGGGUGCAAAGCUGUCCCGUGAGACUGUGGUAGCGGCUCGCAACCUCGAUUCGGUUAUCUCUACGUUAGCGAAGAACUUUUCGGAAAACAAUGACUACUUCAAGGUGCUGGUAAAGGUUUUUCAGGACGUUACUGCGAGCGAUGAGCAAAAACAUUUAGUUAAUUUUUACGCCAUUCUUCCGGCGCUUACCAUCAAUUACGUCGAGACAACUGUACAGGCGAAGGACCUCAUGUACAAGAAUACACGACGGCGAGAGUCAUACUUUUCGGAUGACGGAUUUGCAAUCGGGGUUGCCUACAUCCUUGCCAUUCUGGACCAAGGAGACCAAUUUGACGCGCUGCACUGGUUUGAAGAGGUUAAGCGCAAGUACAAGGUUGAGGAGGAGGCCUACAACGAAAAGCAAAGUGAGCGUGAGGUCCGCAAACGUGAGCAGGCGGCUAAGAAGCAGAAGGAGACCACCGCCGAGUUGAUUGAUGACGAGGAAGAAGUCCAUACUUUACAGCUUACCGCAAAGCGCAUUGAGUUGAACCGUCGUGAGUUUAACCUGCUUGAUUGGUCUCUUAACGGCGCCCGGAUUUUCUUCAAAGACUAA